AUGCCAUCACAAGACCUCUUCGCCUUGCCUACCAUUUAUUAUCGAGUUCAUUCGGGAUUCUCUGCUGCACCCGGUGAAACUCAAAAGUUGGAUGGAGAAAAAAAUAUUGGAAUGGUAGAAACAAAUCGACCACUACUUAGUAUUGACGAAAUUCAUACCGAAGGGGUUAUAAUGAGACAUUCCAUGUACUUUUUUCGAGACUAUUGCGGAAGGAAGGUGAAUGGAAUAUUUUUUCUAGCUUUUGGUAGAUUUUUAUGGGAGUUUGUGGAAAAAAUGGUAGGUCAUUUAAGUAAAGGGCAAAUAAUAAGUUUGUCAAGCAACUUAAAUCGUAAUGUCUGCUCAAUGGCAACUUCUCUCCGAUUCACAGGUUGCUGCUUCGUAAAGUCCGACUCUAUCAAAGUAGAAGGUUCGUCUGUAUCAUUUGGAAAAGACCGUCAUCUCAAUGGAUGGAUAUGCACCAGGACUGAGGAAGGGAGUGGAAUCACCGAUGUUCAGACAACUGUGGCAGGUGAACAGUGUCCUAAAGGUCGAAUUAGUAAAGCCAUUGUGUUUUUAACUGGAGCCAUGAGACAGCAGACAUUCCAGCGCGUUCCAUUGUGUGAUGCUCAAAUAGAACAGGUGCUAAAAAUCUUUUAUUUAGUAAAAGAUGAACUUGAUAGAAUUAUGCAUAACUCAUAUGCACAUCUUUUUAAUUCAUGCAUGAUUGAAAAGACGGAGAAGAGACUACAUCGUCUCAUUUUUCAACUUAAGCACUUGCCUUACAGAAAACGACAGAAAUACCCUAUCGCAAACAAGGGUCUGGAAAACACCAAAAAAUUACCAAAAGUGCCAUCAAAUGCAUCGUCACUGAAAUCCAGCAUUUACUCCCCUAACAGAGAGAAGUCUGCAUGA